AUGGAAAGUAAAUAAUAUUUUAUAUAUCAUUUGUUAAUUAAAUUAAAAUGCUAAAUACUUCAUAGACGAGAUCAACAAAUGAAAUCCCCAAUUAUGUUGUAAUUGAUAAUGAAUACAUAAUAGUGAAAAACAUUUAUAAAGGAAACACCUACAAUUUAUACAUAGGUAGAGAUUGAAAGCCUAGCUAGCUGUAAAAAGAGACUCUUCUGAAGAUUAAAACAAGUUCGUAUUGAUCAAAAUGCGCAGGUAGCCUAUUCCAUUUAUCAAAGAACUAAUGCCUCAGAACAGAAUUUUGAGUAGUACUUCUUGAACAAACUAAAAGAUAGUAAAAUAAGUUUGUAUUUAGGUAAAUGCACUACCAGAAUUCUGUCCAUUGGAGAACAAAUAAUCAAGGAAUAACUUUAUCAUUAUUAAGUGAUGGAACGUCACGGUCCUUCCUUAAAACUAGUUUACAAUUACUUAUCCAAAACCAUCCCUAUUACAAUACUAUGUGUGAUGGCAAUCCAGACUGUAAAUGUCACCAACUAAUAUAGCUUACUUGUCUGGAGUAAAUCCAUAAGCAAUUGAUCAUUCAUCGCAAUAUUAGACCCAAGAAAUUGUUAAUCUCUCAAAGUGGUUAAGAAAUUUUAUUGACUGAUUUUAAAUUUGCUUGUAGAUACAGGAAACAGCAAAAUAAUAUCAUAGUAAAUGAUACCUUACGCAGUUCUUAGAACAAAAGGUUUCUGAAUAAAUUCUCAAGUCUGAAUCAGCAUUUAGAAUAAGGUAAUUGUCACAUAUUAGUAUCGAGUCUCUUCUCCCAAGGACGACCUUGAGUCUCUAGCCUUGAUUAUACUCUAUUAUGGUGGAUUUGCCCAACUCCUAGACAUAAAAGAAGAGAACAGAGGACUUAAAAUUAAAAAGUUGGAACAAGUUAAAUUAACUCUGCUACCUGAACUGUCCUUCAAGGGUGCUCCAUUGGAAUUUAUUCAAUUUUACAAUGGAGUUAAAUAAUCAUCAUUUAGUGAUUACCCACAGGAGUAUGAAAAAUAUAAACAGUUAUUUCGGAAACUAUUGAACGGUUGCGGCUAUUCAGAGAAGGAUGUCGUUUACCCUCAUUUACAGAUGAUGAAGCAAUAACAUUAUAAUGUGAAUGUGAUAAUCGAAGAAUAAGAAACCCAAGCUCAGAUGGAUUCGAUUGAUGAAGAUCAAAGUGUGUUUAGAAAAAUGAAAGAAUUAGAUGGAAAAAGAUAUCAUAGAUUAAUUUCAUUAGAAACUUAAACAUAAAGCUCUCAGAAAGAAUGA